AUGGUUAGCCUUUGGGUUCGAAUAUUUUGGAUUUGCGCUGGUAUCAAUGCACAGUUUAUCGAACCACCUACACGACCUAUUAAUUUAUGGGACCCAUUUGGCGAAUCGACAACUGAAGAACCACAUCGGCAGGUAAAUUUUUAUUUUGUGAUUUUUAAAAUUUUCUAAAAUGGUUUUCAGAAUAGAAAUUAAAAUCUUCAAAGCAGUUCUUGUAUUUCUGAAAGAUUUUCAGGCUAAUAUUUUUAAAAGAGUAAUUUAGGACUUGGAAAAUUUUUAGGAUUUAUCAAUCGAUAAUUUUAAUUUUCAGUUUUCAAUAUUUGUUUAAAUUUUAUAAAUGGUUUAGGGAUGAGAUAUUGGAAGAUGUUAUAAAUUAAAUUUGAAGAUGUUGAGGAACGAAAAUUUAAUAUAUUUUUUGGCCUAAAAUUCUGCAUUUUUGAAGUUUAGGCUUUCAGGGGUUUCUUUUUCAGUGAAAAAACUUGAGGAUAAGAAAACACUUCAGGAAUUUUCAAAUGUUCUGAACAGCCAAAGGCUUUUUCAGUUUUAUUAAUUCAAAUUUUGGUUUCUAGUAAUUUAAGAUUCUAGAUUAAUUUUCUAAAUUCCCAUGAAACAUUACAAUCUUUCCUAUUUCUAGGGCCUAAACAAAGACGAAGUGCUCGUCAGACUUCCGCUAGGAGAUAUCGUCGGCAAAGAAGUUCUUGUUGAAAAUGUGCCAUGGACAAUCAACAAAGAUCCAACAGAAGAACUACCCAAAGAUGGAACUCAUUUCGAUCCAAACCCUCUACUCCCCAAAAACAACAUCACAGUCUUCACGUUUCUUGGAGUUCCGUAUGCAGAACCACCAACCAGUCAAAGGAGAUUUAAGGUGAGUGGAGGCUUCUAGAAACAAGUUUCCAAAUUUUAAUCUAACGUUUUCAGCCACCUCAACAAAUCACAGUGUUCCCUGGCAAACAACCAUUUCUAGCUUUCAAUUUUGCUGCAACUUGUGCACAGGAUGUUGAGAAACGCCCUUCGCCAUUCAUCGAUCACCCAUAUCCAUUUAUAGUUGAUGAAGAUUGUUUGUACCUCAACAUCUUCUCACCAGAUGUAAGACCACCCACGUAGCAAACUAAACUGAAUAUUUUUUUUUAUAGAUCUCUAGAAAUGCGCAACAACAAUACCCGGUCGUCGUAUUUUUCCACGGUGGAAAUUUUCAAACUGGAAGUGCAAAUGAUUGGCCGGCUCAUGGUCUCGCCUCAAGAGGAAUGGUGGUAGUCACAGUAAAUUAUCGACUAGGAGCUUUCGGAUUCAUGAGUCUUGGAGAUUCCGAUUCUGGUAAUUACGGACUUCAAGAUCAGCGAUUGGCCUUGGAGUUUGUUCGAGAUCAUAUCGCAAAUUUCGGAGGUGAUCCUCAAGCAGUUACCGUAGUUGGACAUGAUGCUGGAGCAGCUUCAAUUGGAUAUCACAUGCAAACACCAUACUCGAAAAAUCUUUUCCGAUCUGCAGCUAUGAUGUCUGGCGCAGAAGUUUCAUAUCACUCAUACAUUGGGAUGCCUGCGUUAGCUUUUAACAACACAAUAAAGCUAGGAAGAUAUCUUGGAUGUUCACAAACUGUGCCGCAACAUGUUUGGGAUUGUAUUUUGACUCGAUCUACAAAUGAUAUCAUCUAUGGAACUAUUACUGUGCCAAUCAAUUAUAAUCGAUAUCUCUUCAUGCCAACUGUUGAUGGUAAAUAUCUGCCAGGAAAUCCACUUUGGAUUCUGAUGAAUGCACCGAGCGGCGAGACUUCAAUCAUCUCACCAGUCCCAUUGCUCAUUGGUAUGAAUGCUCAAGAUGGUGCUGAAGUUGUGCUAGAAGAUCGGAGACUUGGAGAAUUCCUUGAUUUUCAUCACGUCGAUCCGGAAUAUAUGAAAUCAUUUGUGAUUGAAUAUUGUUUCCGUCACAAUUACACAAUGAAUCGAGAAGCUACCGCUGAAGCAAUCCUCUCAAGAUACACCUUCUGGCCAGAUCGCGCUGAUACCUGGGCAAUCAAAGAGAAUUUCGUGCAACUCGCAACUGACACAUAUUAUACAGCGCCUAUGCAAUUAUCGGCUGAUCUUCAUAGUGCUUCAGGAAGUCGAGUAUUUCAAUAUGUCAAUAAUUAUAAUAUGAGUCGAGAUCACCCAAAUCUUCAAUUGAUUCCUGAUUGGAUGGGAGUUUGUCAUGAUUGUGAUCUUUAUAUGCUCUUCGGUUAUCCAUAUUUAUCCGAUGAAUUGAGGCCGCUAGAUUUGAAGGGGGUGAAUUUUACGGAUAUGGAUAGAAAUGCGAGCAGAACAUUUUCCAACAUCUUCAGACGAUUUGCAUAUUAUCAGUGAGUUUGACAUGAGAAAGAAUUUCUGAAAACCCAUUUAAUUUCUCCAGAAACCCGAACUUCCUCUACGAUGGUAGUUGGGAUGCCUAUCAACCUCGCCGACAUUGGUAUAUGAAUUUCAACUACUCAAAUCCAGAAGAUUGGAAGAUCCCAGGAACCAUGGCAAGAGACUAUAGAUAUGAGAGUGUAGCAUUCUGGAAUGAUUACAUCCCUCUUCUCGUCAACUACAUGACCACAACAUUCUCCCCAGAGAAUGUGGCAUACCGUAGGGAGAUUACUGUAUUCAAGUGGAUCACUGGAGUUGGUGUGGUGAUCAUCGCUCUCUUGAUUGUUCUAGCUGGUGCAUUUGGUUAUAUGGUUUUUGCGGAGCAUGAGGAACAAGAGCAAAAACGUGAACGACAUCAAUUGGUGGAAUAUUCGGUGGCUAGCGCGCCUUCGACUUCGGAACGAACAAGGUCCCGGUUGACCAAUGUCUAA